UUCUUUUUUUUGCACCAUAAUUAAACAUAUUACAUGUCAUUAAGACAAAUUGACAAUUAAAAAUGUGUAUCUCAUUACUAUUUUAUUAAAUUGAAUAAUGUUCUCUUUAAUAGCUUGCUAUGGUAAUUUCAUGGUAUACUUGCUUGUUUGAAAUUAUUUUCCUUACAAUUAUUUUUCACAUAAAGACAAAAGGAGAAUUAAUAGCCACCCUGCAAAAGGACUGGUCUGCUAUAGAAACGCUAGCAGAAGAGCAUCCGUAUAUAGUAGGAUUACUGAACUAUACCAAGGAUUACAUGUGUACAGGUACCAUAAUUAGCAAACGAACUGUUCUCACAUCGGGAACAUGUCUCAGUACAAAACUUAAAUACAUAGUUGUGGGAACUGCAUUACUAAGAAAAAGUAUCAAAAAUAAUAUGUUAUUAGAGAUUGCAACCACAAUAUUGCAUGGAGAUUAUAUUUUCGAGUCAAAAUUCUCUGGCGUAAACGUUACCAGAUUACACAGUAACAUAGGUUUAGUUAUAUCUACUCGGCCAAUCUUAACAUUUUUCUUUGUAAGCGCUGAUAUUGGUAAUUAUUAUGCUUCUGAAUUAGAAAGAGCAACACUUACUACAGUAGGGUACGGGAAAAUUCAUAACUCAGAUGCAAUGGUGCUACAAGCUCAAGAAUACCGUCAAAUUCCCUGUACAAACCCUAAGUGGUACUAUUGUGUAUGUGGGAUUGAAUACUCACCGUAUAGAAAGACGUACGAGCAAGAAUUUGGCAAUGGUGCGCCAGUUUUGCACGAAACCGAAUUAGCCGCAAUAACGGCUUCCCCAUGUGGAAUUCUAAUACUCACAUCUACGAAAGUUAAAUACAAUAUAUUCACCGUCGUUGGACCGUACUUACCAUGGAUUGAGAAAAUGCGAUUGAAUUUUACUAUUGCCUCUACUAAAUCUCUUCGAGCUCGUAACAGUGGUGAUAUUAAUGUCAAUAUAAAUACAAUAUAUUACUUUUAUAUUUUCAUAAUAUUUAUUAAAUUUCUUACGUAAUUAAAAGAAGUUUAUAUAUUAUCCUUAUA